UAUGAGGGGCCGCUGCAUCGAGGAUCCUUGUCUCAUCUUAAAUGCUUAGCCUUACUCACAUGUCCUUGGUUGACUACUAUAUUCACACCUGGCAUACUGGAAAACCUUGAUAGCUUAGAAGAGCUCAAAGUCGAAGACUGCCCCCUUGUCUUAUGUUUAGUGAGGUGUGAAGAUACUUGUGUUCAUGAGAGUGCUUCCUUCCUCCCCAAGUUGAAAAAGUUACCCUAUUCUCAUUGCCUGAACUCAUUAGCAUUUCCGAUGGCUUAUGCAUUGCACCGAACUUGAAACAAAUGAGCAUUUUUUAUUGUCCAAAUCUUAAGAAUUCAUCUACCGGUGAAAUGUGUUGCAAUCAUCUGACAGGAACUGAAGCACAAAGUAUUCCAAAUGAUGCAAGCAGAGAGCAGCCUGCUCCUCCUGUGGUUUCUUCUACGACCACUGGUAAUGCAGGCUCUUCAAAUUCUAAACUCAAAAGGGAACCUAAAGUUGCUUCUUGGCUUUGGAAAUUAUUAUUUAAUGAUCUUAAGUUAGCUGCAAGAAACUUUAGUGCCGCAAGUCUUCUUGGUGAAGGUGGUUUUGGCUGUGUACGUGGAUUUACAAAUGAUACAAGCAGAGAGCAGCCUGAUCCUGCUGGGGUUUUAUUUACACCCACUGGUACAGCAAUCGACUCCUCAGUUUCAUCUACAACCACUAGUAAUACAGCAAUUACCACUUCAAUUUCAUCUAAGAUCACUAGUAAUGCAACAAUUAACUCUUUGACUUCUAAAGUCAUUGAGGAAAAUAUAGUCGCUCCUCAGCUGCAGAAAUUUUCAUUGAAGGGUCUUAAGUUAGCUACAAGAAAGUUUAGUCUUGAGGGUCUGCUCGGUAAAGGCGGUUUUGGCUGUGUCUUUAAGGGUUGGGUUGAAGAAAAUUGGAAUGCUUCAGCGAGGCCUGGCACCGGGCUGACUGUUGCCAUUAAGGUUCUGAACACGAGGGGUAUAAGGGUCACAAAGAAUGGCUGGUAAUAUAUCAUCCAAUGAUCUUGUAUUUCUGGAGUAAUGCGUGUUCGACUAUUAGUAUGAGUUUUGAUGCGUUGCACUUUCCAUGUGGCACGCUGAAGUGACUAUUCUUGGACAUCUGGUACAUCCAAAUUUGGUGAGGUUAAUUGGAUAUUGCGCGGAAGGCCUGCUAAUAUAUGAGUUUUUGCAACAAGGGAGCUUGAACAAUCACCUCUUUAAAAGUAUGCAUAGUUGUCCUGUAUAAUGUGCUUUGGUGCCCUUAAUGACAUGUCUAGCAUUAUGUUCAUACUACAUAAGUACUCACGGUAUAA